GAAAAAUAUAAGAGGACAGACAUCCUUAUUUCUUAUUUCUGUGAGGUUGUUAAAAUAGAGAAACCUACUUCACAAAUAGCAUUAAUAGCAAUGAUUUUUUCAAAGCUACCCAAGAUCCAAACACAAUAAUCAUCAUCCUUAUCAACAAACUGAAAGAUGGCUGAGGGAUCAGAAGCAACGGAAGCUUUGAAAUCUCUUGAAGAUUUUGAUCCUCAAAACAAAUCCAAAAGGAACAAAUUCUCUUUUACUUGUGCUAUCUUGGCAUCUAUGAUUUCUAUCUUACUUGGGUACAAUAUUGGUGUGAUGAGUGGAGCAGCCAUCUAUAUCAAAAGAGACCUUAAAGUAACCGACGUAGAGAUCGAAAUUCUCCUAGGCAUCAUAAAUAUUUACUCCCCCAUAGGUUCUUACAUAGCAGGGAGACUCUCCGAUUGGAUUGGUCGGCGUUACACAAUUGUCCUCGCCGGAGUAAUUUUCUUCGUCGGAGCUAUCCUUAUGGGACUUUCCAUGAACUAUGCGUUUCUUAUGUUUGGUCGUUUCUUUGCCGGUGUUGGCAUGGGUUUUGCUUUCUUAAUUGCUCCGGUUUAUAUCUCUGAAGUCUCCCCAACUACAACUCGUGGAUUCCUCACUUCUUUGCCUGAGGUAUUUUUGAAUGGAGGGAUUUUAGUUGGAUACAUCUCAAACUAUGGAUUUUCAAAGCUGCCACUUCACUAUGGUUGGCGACUGAUGCUUGGAAUCAGCGCCAUCCCUUCUAUAUUCCUAGCCAUUGCAGUAUUAGCCAUGCCAGAGUCACCGAGAUGGCUCGUUGCCAAGGGUCGAUUAGGAGAAGCUAAAAAAGUUCUCUAUAAAAUCUCUGAUUCUAAAGAAGAAGCUCAGCAGAGAUUAGAUGAUAUUAAAGAGAUUACAGGAAUUUCCUUGGACUGCAACGACGACAUCGUUUCAGUGACAAAAGUUCAAGGCAAAGGCGUAUGGAAAGAACUGUUUCUUCAUCCCACACCUGCAGUUAGUCACAUUUUCAUUGCCUCCCUUGGCCUUCACUUCUUCGCACAAGCAACUGGCAUAGACGCUGUUGUUUUGUAUAGUCCUAGAAUCUUCGAGAAGGCUGGGAUCAAAUCUGACACAAAUAAACUUCUUGCAACUAUAGCAGUUGGAUUUGUGAAAACAAUGUUUGUCUUAGUGCCCACUUUUUUAUUGGAUCGUGUUGGGAGGCGCGCGUUGUUAUUAACCAGUGUUGGUGGGUUAAUACUCUCACUUCUUACUUUGGCAGUUAGUCUCACUGUUAUUGAUAGCUCACGCGCCACCGUUACAUGGGCUAUUUGGCUUAGUAUAGCGGCGGUGUUGUUCUAUGCUGGUACGUUUUCAAUUGGGUCAGGUCCUAUUACGUGGGUUUAUAGUUCUGAGAUAUUUCCGUUGAGACUUCGAGCUCAAGGCGUGUCUAUUGGGACAAUGAUGAAUAGGCUCACUAGUGGAAUCGUAUCCAUGACUUUUUUGUCUCUUUCAAAGGCCAUCACCAUUGGAGGUACUUUUUUUCUUUUCGCAGGAAUUGCAAUGGUAGCGUGGGUUUUUCACUAUACUAUGCUCCCUGAAACACAUGGCAAAACAUUGGAGGAAAUAGAAAGUUCUUUUGGUAGUUUCUGGAGGAAGCGAAAUGUUAAUCCCACUGCGGAAGGAGUGAACAACUUAAACCUUCGUUUGGUUAGUGGUUAGUUUUUAGAGAAUCACGAUGAAUUUUCAUGUAUGGGCUUCAACACUUUUUUGUUUUAACGUGUUCUAAACACACUUAUUUAAUUUAAAUAUCAAAGGUUAGACUUUGAUACCUAAGAAUUACCUUGAAAGUUGAUAAGGUAAUGUUAGUGAUAUGUAAAGUUGUAAAUUACAUGAAUCGAUUGUUUUGCUUCUAAAUAUUACGUAUUGAUAUAUAAGAUAUUUGAGUAAUUGUUUGUAAA